AAGUACCGAAAAGACACUCUUCUCUCUCUCUCUCUCUCUCUCUCUCUCUCUCUCUCUCUCUCUCUCUGAUUUUCCAUUUUCCCUUCUUCUUCUAUGCAAUAGAAUAGCUUCUUCUUCUUCUUCUUCUUCUUCUUCACUCUGUCACCGUGUCAGAACCCUAAUUCCGCCGUGAAAAUCCCCGCCAUAACAAUUCUCAACCAAAAACCUUCUCAAUUUCCCACAUUUUCCUCAUUCCUUUCUCUGUUUCAAUGAAUUAAAUAAAUCCUCAACGUUUCCCGAAAACACUCUUCUUUGGUUUAAUUUUCAUUCAAUUAAGUUCGAUAUAGCUUUGAUCGGAAACAGAAACACGCUUUGCAUGAAACUCUAAUCUUUUCAUUAUUGUUGGAUUUAAUUUUCAAUUUUUCGGUUGCUGGAUAAUGGAAUUUGAACAAUGAACCAUGCCGGUAUUGCGUAGUGGAGCGCGCCGUGGUCGGCCACCAAAGCAAAACCGACAACCACCGGUGAGAAAUCCGAUUGAUGGGGAGGCAAUUGCUACUAGAACGAGACGGAGACGUGCAGCUGCUGCGGCAGCAGCCAAUGAUAAGGUUGAAGAGGAGCCGAUUGCUGUUGUGGCAGGAAAGGAGGAAAAUGAGAACAUAGUUGUCGCCGCGACAGCAAAGGGAGAGGAGGAGAAUCGAGCGUUGGAGGAAGGUGGUGGAGCUGAGAAGGAAGAGGUUGGGGAGAAACAGAUGGAUGGAAUUGAGAGUGGUGGUCAUAGCAAUGAUAAGGCUGAUGCUGAAGAAGAAAGCAAUGGCUUUGUUAUUCCUGAACAGGUUCAAGUAGGUGAUUCUCCGCUGUAUAAAACAGAGAAAAAACUUGGCAAGGGUGGAUUUGGGCAAGUAUAUGUUGGUCGGCGUGUUUCUGGUGGAAAUUUGAGCCAGAGAAUUGGACCUGGAGCUGUAGAGGUAGCAAUAAAAUUUGAGCACAUAAGUAGUAAAGGAUGUAACUAUGGACCGCCAAAUGAGUGGCACGUCUACAACACCCUUGGUGGAAGCCAUGGUGUGCCACAGGUACAUUACAAGGGCAGGCAAGGUGACUAUUUCAUCAUGAUCAUGGAUAUUCUAGGACCUAGCUUGUGGGAUGUUUGGAAUACUAAGUCCCACACCAUGUCCACUGAAAUGGUUGCUUGUAUUGCCAUCGAAGCAAUAUCCAUAUUGGAGAAGAUGCACUCUCGAGGGUAUGUACAUGGAGAUGUGAAACCGGAAAAUUUUCUGCUUGGCGCUCGUGGGACAGUGGACGAGAAAAAACUGUUCCUGGUGGAUCUUGGAUUAGCUACUAAAUGGCAGAAUAGUACAACUGGUUUACAUGUGGACUAUGACCAAAGGCCUGAUGUCUUCAGGGGCACAGUCCGCUAUGCAAGUGUGCAUGCACAUUUGGGGAGAACUGGAAGCAGGCGGGAUGAUUUGGAAUCUCUUGCAUAUACGUUGGUUUUUCUUCUUCGAGGUCAUCUUCCUUGGCAAGGAUACCAGGGAGAAAACAAGGGAUAUCAGGUUUGCAAGACGAAGAUGGGAACAACUCCAGAUACCUUAUGUUGUUUUUGUCCCCGGCCUUUUAAAGAGUUUGUUGAACAUGUAGUGAGCUUAAAGUAUGAUGAAGAGCCGAGUUACGCAAAAUACAUUUCUCUCUUUGAUGGGAUUAUUGGUCCAAACCCAGAUAUUAGACCACUUAAUACAGAAGGUGCACAACAGGUAUCGGUUUUGCUACCCUUUUACUCUUGUGUUGUUUUAUGUAUGUACGAUGUUUGUAGUCCAACCUUUGAUACUGCUAUUUUAUUUUCCUUGAAGCUUGUUGGUCAUAAAAGAGGCCGGCUGGCUUUAGAAGAUGAUGAUGAACAACCCAAAAAGAAGGUUCGAAUGGGUGUGCCAGCGAACCAGUGGAUUAGUGUUUACAAUGCCCGUAGACCGAUGAAACAAAGAUAUCACUACAAUGUGUCAAGUACAAGAUUAUCACAGCACAUUGACAAGGGAAACGAGGAUGGUUUAUAUAUUAGCAGUGUUGCUUCAUCUCAGGGCCUAUGGGCCUUAAUUAUGGAUGCUGGGACAGGUUUCACUUCCCAAGUUUAUGAACUCUCCACCCAAUUUUUCCAUAAGGAAUGGAUCAAGGAGCAGUGGGAAAAAAGUUACUAUAUCAGUGCAGUUGCAGGAGUUGCAAAUGGGAGUUCAUUAGUAGUAAUGUCUAAAGGCACCCAAUAUAUACAGCAAUCGUACAAAGUUAGUGAUUCAUUUCCUUUUAAAUGGAUUAACAAAAAGUGGAGGGAGGGCUUUUUUGUAACCUCAAUGGCCACAGCAGGGCUCAAAUGGGGAGUAGUUAUGUCUCGUGGGGCAGGGUUUUCAGAACAGGUAGUCGAACUAGAUUUUCUGUAUCCUAGUGAAGGGAUUCACAAGCGGUGGGAGAGUGGAUACCGAAUCACAUCGACUGCUGCAACUCAGGAGCAAGCUGCUUUUGUUUUGAGUAUUCCAAGGAAGAAGCCACAAGACGAAACUCAGGAAACACUAAGGACUACUGCUUUUCCUAGUACACAUAUUAAGGAGAAAUGGGCGAAAAACCUCUACAUUGCCUCUAUUUGCUAUGGACGUACCGUCUCUUGAUACUGCCGAGACUCCGAGGUGCUGAAGUAUUUGGAUUUCGGUUGAAAAACUCCAAAUGCCAAUCAAAUAUUUUGGUACUAACGUACGUUUGGACUCAUUGUCAUGAGGCAUGAUGGGCUGGGAGACAGAAAAUUUUGAUGGCUAUACAGUGUUUAUUAUUUGUAUGUAGUAGGAGAAUGAAUAUUUAAAACUAAGUAUAAACACCUCAAUUUCCAAUUGGUGUGGAAAUUGAUUUUAUGCCAAUGAUUAAUCAAUGUUUUGCA